CGGCCGCCCCAGGGCGCACACGGUUAACGCGCGGCCCCGUCCCUCCCGGCGGGGAUUGGCUCCGCGGGGCGGCCCCGCCGCUAUUUCCCCGUCGCCACCGGGCUGGGAGAGGGCAGAAGGCGGCGAGGCUGAGCCCCUCCGUGCCGCGCUUCCCCGGGGGGGGGUUGCCCGCGACCGCCCCCGCCAUGGGGAGCUGGUGCCGGGGAGCUUGGAUUUUGUCCCUCGUCUUGGCCGGGUUCGCGCAGCCGGGGCAGAGCCAGGAGAGGGAGAAGGUGAAAUGCUAUGACUCGGUGCGGGGCACCAUCUACGACUACGGGGCCCUGACCAUCGACGGGGACGAGUACAUCCCCUUCAGGAAGUACGCGGGGAAGAUGGUGCUCUUCGUCAACGUGGCCACCUACUGAGGGCUGACCCUGCAGUACCUCGAACUGAAUGCACUACAAAAUGAGCUGGGGCCCUACGGGCUCGUGGUCCUGGGCUUCCCCUCCAACCAAUUCGGGAAGCAGGAGCCUGGCCAGAACUCCGAGAUCCUCCCGGCGCUGAAGUACGUCCGGCCAGGAGGCGGCUUCGUCCCCAACUUCCAGCUCUUCCAGAAAGGGGAUGUGAACGGGGCCAAGGAGCAGAAGGUCUACAGCUUCCUGAAGAACUCCUGCCCACCGGUGGCGGAGGAGUUCGGGAACCCCAAGAACCUCUUCUGGGAGCCCCUGCGGAACCACGACAUCAAGUGGAACUUCGAGAAGUUCCUGGUGGGCCCCGACGGCGUGCCCGUCAUGCGCUGGUACCACCGCGCCAACAUCGCCAUCGUGAAGAACGACAUCAUCGCCUACAUGCGGCAGCAGCGGGGCCGCUAGGGCCGGUGGCACCGGGGUGGAGCGGGUCACCCCCAAGAUGCCCUCUCCCCCCUGGAGAUCCAACCCCAUGCUGCAUCACCGUCCCUCUCCCCAAGGACCAGUCCCACCGCGUCCUCCCCACCUCCACCCCUGCUGGUGACCCCCCCCCCCCCCCCCAGGCCAGCAGCUCACCCCCCCGCUCAGCGGGCGCAGGGGCCGCCCCCCCGGGGGCAGAAGAUCGCAUCUCCAUGAAGGCCUGGCCCGAAAGCCCCCGGCGUGGGGCGGGCCUGGCCUGAUCCUGCCCGGGCGCGGAGCAGCUCUUCAGUGCAUUCAGGCUGCCCGCGGUGCCGCGCAGGGACGCGCUCCUCUCCCAGCCCGGGGCGCCGGCCCCUGUGCUCCCCCCCUAGAAAUGCCAAAUAAAGGCUCUGCAAACGCGCA